AGCAACAUCAAUAGGACACAGAUUGAGAAUUUGGUGAGGGAAGCCUAUGCAAACUGGAAUUCCUUGGAAAUGGUCGACGCAAUCUUGAAUGAGACUGCCUUAUUAACACAAGGUGAUUAUGUAGUGGAGCAAUAUCCCAACCAUCAUGCUGAGGCAAUGUCAAGAUCAGCAUUCGAUCAAAAUGGACACCUGGGCCUAGCGGCAGCGGAUAAUCACCCUAAAUCUGUGAAUAUGACCAUGCCCACAGCCCACAACUUCCUAAGACUACCCAUCCUCUUCAUCACCUUCAACUUGAUCACAGCGUUGAUCCCCUCUGCUCUUUGCGAUGACGAUGCUCAAUACACAGAGUGCCGCAAUACCUACGACUGCGGUUUGCUUAAAAACAUAACCUACCCUUUCUGGGCAGCCAACGGUCGGCCCCACCACUGCGGGCGAGAAGGGUACGAACUCACCUGCCGAGAUAAUGAAUACCCUGUUAUCAGAAUUGAAGAACAAGACUUCCUUGUCUUGAACAUUAGCAGGGAAAUUAACAUCAUCACAAUUGCUCGCAGAGACCUCUGGGACAGACCUUGCACUAGCAGGCUCAUCAACACCACUUUGGACUACGAUCGUUUCGCUUACGUUCAAGCUGUUCGGAACCUGACUUUGUUCUAUGGCUGCGUCCCUCACAAUCAGUCAAUCGCAAAUAACUUUACUUGCAAAAUAGAGGGUACCCAAAACGAUCUUGCGUUCUAUAUAGACGACUCUAUCUCGAGGCUUAAUCCUCGUCCAAAUGGGACCUUGUGCCUCCACAAUAUCAGAGUCCCCAUAAUGUGGACGGGUGUUGAUGUUCUGCCUGAGAAUUACACGGUGGAUGUACUGAAACGUGUUUUGGAGCUAGGCUUCCAGGUUGAGUACGAGGCCGAAUGGGAGCUCUGUGGACCAUGCAUGCUCUCUAAUGGAACCUGCGGAUCCAACACCACUGACUCUUUUCUCUGCUUUUGCGGGGGCCAUCCUUAUGAGGAAACCUGUCCAAGUUCUGGAGGUACGCAUGUCAAUUCCUUCUUAUUUUUCCCGAAUGUGACAUGGGGUGAGCCUAACAUGGUGCAAGCAGAGCGACGCCUAUUAGCCAAUGCCUUGCUUGACUUCUCCAACCAACGUUUUGUGCUGCUCUCAGAGUCUUGCAUACCGCUGUUUAAUUUCAAAGUCAUCUACGAUUAUCUGAUGGGCUCAACCCAGACAUUUGUGGAGGUCUACGACUUACCCGGCCCAGUGGGCCGAGACAGGUACAGGCCCAAAAUGAGCCCACAAAUCACGCUCGCCCAAUGGCGGAAGGGCUCGCAGUGGUUCGAGGUGGACCGUGUCAUUGCGGUGGAGGUGGUUUCCGAUCAAAAGUAUUUUCCACUGUUUACAAAGCACUGCAAGCCCUCCUGCUAUUCUGACGAGCACUACUUGCCUACGUACGUGAACAUCAAGUUUAGGAAGAAAAAUUCGAAUCGGACGUUGACUUGGGUUGACUGGUCAAGGGGUGGGCCCCAUCCGUCUAAGUUUAUGAGAACAGAUGUGACUGUUGACUUCUUGGAGAAGCUGAGGCAUGGAACGAAAUGCGAGUACAAUGGGAAGAGCACCGAUGUUUGCCACUUGUUUGCCAGAAAAUUCUUGCCCAACACUUUGGACAGGCUGCUGAGGUUUGGCCCAAAGCUCAUGAAAUUCAAUUGAUUUUUCACAGUCAAGAUUUUUUGUUCGUCAUUCAUUUCUCUGUAAACUAAUAAA